AUGAGCCGAAACAGGCCCGAGAUUGUCGACCUGACAACCACAGCAAGGUCAACAACCAGAGCACUCCGGCAAAACCCUAUAUCUUUGUCCUCCUCCCCACCUGGCGCCUCGGACCACGCAUCCUCUUCCCAACAUGCACAGUUGCCUCCUCCCCGUGGUGUCAAGCGCCGUCGAAAUUGGAGCGACGAGCACGGCGCAUCUUCGACUCUCUCCGAAGACGAGCCAAUCGAAACGAUCGAUAUGACGGACGACUCGGGCGCUGGAGCACUCGCUCGAGCAGUGGCCAAACAGAAGGAGGAUGCCGCCAAAGCCCAGGCAGAAGAAGAGAGAAAUUCAAAUCUAUCCGCUAUACUCGCUUACAAAUGUCCCAUUUGCAUGGAGACGCCCGUGGACGCAACGAGCACCUCUUGCGGACACCUCUUUUGUCACAAAUGCAUCAUCGACUGCUUGAAGAUGAGCGAACAAACACGCGGCGGUGACUCUUCGAAACAACAUAAGGGUACCUGCCCGGUGUGCCGUACGCCGAUUUCGCGAAAGGAGACGCCUGGGAAGUCUAAGAAUCUCAUUCCGCUGUUGUUUCAAACGAGAAAGAGAGGUGAUAUUCCCGUGCCUGGCCCAUAG